GAUCAAAGUCCAAUAUAGACGCCAUAACGCCCAAAUGUUUCCUCACCAAUAAUCAUUAAAAGAGAGCACACUACUUGAGUCAUAUUAUCGAAUAGCUGAUAUACUUUCUUGAGUCUGCUUCAACCUUUGAGUCAUUACCUAUGGAGCCUAAGCCGAUGGAUAGCGCGCCAGCCCCGGCCGAGCCGCCCCCAUACAACCCGUCAUGGACCUACCCGCCCAGCGGAGAGAACAACCCGGGCGCUUACCCACAACCUGCCGGCUAUCCACCGCCGCAGAAUGCGGCCUACCCACCGCCGGCUCAGAGCAAUGCCUACCCGCCUCCGAUGAAUUACCCGGCCUAUCCAGCCGGCCAACCAGCCCAACCGGCUCAAGUGACAGUGACAACCACCACCGUGCCACAACCUGCCACCACCCAUCAGGUCGUCAUGGUCAGCACAUGUCCUACGUGUCGUUCAGGAGUCCUACAAGAGCAUAUCCCACUGUGCGGUGUACUACUGGCCAUUUUCUUUUUCCCGCUGGGCGUGUUCUGCUGCUUGGCAAUGAGGGAGAGGGUGUGCACCAACUGCCGGGCAACAUUCAGCUAAACAGCGCAGGUCAACACCGGGACUUUUAAUACACACAUCAAGUCCCAGGUCAAGUUGGACCCGAAACCGGAUCGGAUUUGAACUGUAUCUUCUACUGGAUCAAAAUGAUAUUUCUAGCGUAAAAACAACAAGACAUUUUCCCUAGUCAAAUGGCCUAGAAAAGUGACACCGAAAAGUGUCAUUUGACCCGAAUAAGUGACAGGUUAAAUCCGACCCGACCCGGGUCAAAUUGGUCUGCUCUGCAUGACAAUUUUAAAGAGUGCACUUAUAGCGGUUUAUGCUGUGUUCAAGAUUUCAGCGUUCGCACGUGAUCAUGUGUUGUUGGCAAGUAAAUGAAAACAGUAGAGAAUCAGAAGUCUGGUUCCCUGACAUGACUAUGUCCUGACGUCUCUUAAUAGAUCAGGUCUCUAAUAAGUUUUGUAGCCGCCAAUGUGACGCAGCACAGCUCUGCCCUCGUUCGAAACCGUACCCGAGGCAAAACGAUAGCCUUUACACAAGGCAUUACGCUUGUCAUCAACAUUUCACAAAUGCGAGUUUUGAUUAAAUGAAUUCAAAAUUUUCAGAAUUGAAAACAAACAUUGGAGUUUUUUUGCUGAAAAUACAACCGUUCUAACCCUGAAACACCGGAGCCAUAGCUAGGCCUAUAUAAUUGCCACGGAAAUGUGGUCGGAAACUUUGGACAUUUUGGGAAACAGGAGGAAUCUGAUUAUACCUUCCUGGAAUGGUCAUAUUUUAUAGAUGUAAUUGAACGUUCCACAGAGUUUUCUAUAAGAAUUGUCAUCAAUACUUUCAGGAAAAAAAAGCUUUGAUCUUAUAAUUCAAUAUUUUUUCAAUAUGCCUUGUUUUUAACAAAGGAGGAAAAAGAGAACCUGUAGAUUAUAGAUGACAAAUUUAUAGCCCCAAAUGUGAAAUCAAAAAACAUCAAGGUCUUAUAAUGUUGUUGAGUUGGACAGUUGGUUUGGAAAUUCUAACCAAAUAUUACGUUUUGUGAAAUAGGAUCUGAUACGAAUUAAUGUGUCAAAUUUUAAGUUUUUUUUAAUCAUGUACGGCAUAUAUAAUGGACCAGUGAUAUGGAUAAAUGCAGUUUGUCGUGAUUCGAAACAACUGAUAAAUGUGGACUGCAGUUGAAAGAUUUUUUUAAGUGGAAUAAAAACAUCGACGAAUUGAUUAUAAUAAAGGGAUUUAGAUUGGACUUGUGCUUUGCUUGAAAUUUGUUUGUUUGGUUGGUUAUAAGUGGUUGCGUUUUGUUGUUUUUUCCCCCCUAUCUACCCUUGAUCUUUGAACUACAGAGUCCUUAAAAGGACAUGGGAAUAUACAACUUACAGUAAGAAACAGUGGCAACGACUUAAACCUUUAUUUUCCAAUUCUCUUUUAGGGACUCCGUAUAUCGAACAAAAAUUCGAAAUGGAAAAUGAACGCGAUUGUGUCAACUAAAUGCCAUUAGCAAUCGGUGGCUUGCAAAGUAACACCGCACGGUUGCACAUUAUACACUGAAUGCGGAAACAGAGCGAUCAAAUGCGAAAGUACAUGUAUGUGUUCAUUGGAAACUGUGGUUGAGUAAACAGCUCCGAUACAAUGAUCACGUAGAAGUUCGUCACAGUUCACAGUUCAAGUGUGUUACCACCGAAGUCACUAGGCAUGCAUGUUGGAGUUACUGUAAUACGUGAACCGGUGUAGUGCACUGUUGUUACCGGAGGUUUCCGCCCACUAAUAUAUGCAAAGACCUGCUGCGGUGUAUAUUGCUAGAUCCGCAGGACGGGCAGAAAGUAUGGACGGCCUGGGCACUGAUGACGAACGGUCCCCGUUGACUGCCCCCGAGCCUUACAGUGACGAUCCCGCUCAGGGAGAGGGGACAACGACCGGGGACAAUCAACCGGAGGAAGACCAGGAGCCAGCCGGCCAACCUUUACCCGGGCCACCGUCUGAAGGUUUAACAGCACAGCAAGAUGGAUUGUCUGAGCUAGACCCUGGAGCAAAGCAAGAGACAUCGGGAGUCACGCUUGGUGAGCCCUCACCGGGACCGCAGAUAAACACGCCCGGAGUUGUCCCGCAACAACCACCCACUGUUCACCCGCAGGAACAGGGCCCGGGGAGCCAUGGUUCCCUGGACAGGCCGCCUGUGUUUCAGUCAACCCCUCAAGGGGCACAGAUGCCGGGAGGUAACGCUCCGCCCCCUGGUACUCAAGCAGUCCGGCCCGGGCAAGGACCCGAAGGAGUUCCCCCGGACCCUUCCUCACAAUGGCGCCCUGGCCAAGCUGCUCCCGUUAUGAACCAGCCCCAGCCUGUUCUGCCUGCAGCAAAUAGCCAACAGCAACAACAGCAACAGCCGUAUCAACAGAUGCAGCAGCAACAACAACACUAUCCACCACAGCAGCAGCACCAGGCUCAACUUCAUCAACCGCAGCAGCACUACCAGCCACAGGCCCAACCAGCCACAGACCCAGCGUACCAGCAGCAGCAAGAGCCAGGUCAGCGACACCAACAUGCUUCACAACAGCAGCAGUACCAACAACAGCAGGAGCAGUACAGAGAGCAGCAGCACUAUCCACAGCAGCAGCAGCAGCAGCAUCAGCAGCAGCAUCCCGGUCAACAAGAGCUCCACUUCCCGGCCGAAACGCCCCAGCGCACGGUGAAGGUGACCCAGCCCCAGUACCAGCCCUUGGUCAGCAACUGCCCGCAGUGCCACUCCGGUGUCCUGUCCCAGCAGUUCAGUCUCCUCGGCAUCUUGCUUGCUAUUUUCUGCUUCCCCUGUGGUGUCAUAUUCUGCUUGCUGAUGAGGGAGAGGAGGUGCUCAAAUUGUGGGUUAACAGUAUAGUUCAAUAAUUAUAUCAGAUGAUUAUACACUGAAAACAUUCUAGUUAAAUUUGACUAGAAAACAGCCAAACAUGCUCCUAGCUGACCCUAGCUGUAGGCAGCUGGGUACAAGGUUGACCGUUUCCUAGUCAAAUCAAACUAGGUGUUUUUACAGUAUAGAGAUUAUGCAGCGUGUCCAAAAAUACCCGCCACUGUUUUUUGGCGCUGCUCUAGCGUCGGCGCGGAAACACGUACCGCCAUUAUUUUUAUACCAUUUCAAAGCUUGGAAAUUUAACUUUAUCCCUGCCGAGUAUUGGUUUGAUAUAUAUUGUAGAUUAUAUAGAUUAUAUAUUAUAUUAUUCGUGUUCAAAU